UUUACUUUUUUUCUGCCAGCCCUCAUCGAGCCACUCAAGCUUGGAGCAGAUGGACAGAUUGUAGUGGGGGGGAAAGCGAGCAGAGCAGCAAGGAGAAAGAGAGAGAUUUUUCAAGAAGCCAUGCAGAGACUGAGGCAGCCCAGAGACAAUGCUUGAUCAAGUGAACUGCUGAGGAACAAAAACUCCAUCUUCCACGUCAAGCCGUCUCCAGAGGGACCAGGAAUCAGGCGGGACAGCCCAGAGGAGGAAGACAUUACGCUGACGAGCCGUUGUUUCCAGAAGCGAAGAAAGGACGAGGAGAAGCAGAAGAACUCCACAAAUGCGAGUUAAAGCAGAGAGGGACCAGAGGGACAUGCUGAGAGGGACCGGAAAGUGAAGACAGAAGUGUAAGAAGUAACAGGUGUGCCCAGAGAGACUGCACAGAGGCCCGACGCACCUCAGCUCCCCAAGUUAAAAGCAUUCAGGUGUAAAGCCAGAAAAAAGGAAACAGCCAGAGAAAAUCCAAACGACAGAGCCGUGAGCAGGAAGGAUGGCCAACUCGGGUCUCCAGUUGUUGGGUUACUUUCUGGCGCUGGGCGGCUGGAUUGGCAUCAUCUCCACCACCGCCUUGCCGCAGUGGAAGCAGUCGUCGUACGCCGGCGACGCCAUCAUCACAGCCGUGGGUCUGUACGAGGGCCUGUGGAUGAGCUGCGCCUCGCAGAGCACGGGGCAGGUGCAGUGCAAGAUCUUUGACUCCAUGCUCUCGCUGGACAUCCACAUCCAGACCUGCCGAGCCCUCAUGGUGGUGUCUGUGCUGCUGGGCUUCAUCGGCAUCAUCGUCAGCGUGGUGGGCAUGAAGUGCACCAAGGUGGGCGAUAACAACCCGUCCACCAAGACCCGCAUCGCCGUGACGGGAGGGGCGCUCUUCCUGCUGGCAGGUCUGUGCACGCUGGUGUCCGUGUCCUGGUACGCCACUCAGGUGUCCUAUCAGUUCUUCAACCCAAACACGCCGCCCAAUGCCAGGUACGAGUUCGGCUCGGCCCUGUUCGUGGGCUGGGCGGCGGCCAGCCUGACGGUCCUGGGCGGCUCCUUGCUGUGCUGCUCCUGCUCCAAAGACGACAUGCGAGGGCAGCAGUACUACCGCCAAUCACAGCCUUCCACAGCCAGGGAGGCAGAGUUGUUGAGUGAAACUAGUUUCCCUGACUGAUCAGCCCUGCGUUUUUAUCGAGGACUGUCCGACUGUCCCGCCACUGUCUCACCCCUCCUCUUCCUUUCUUCCUUUCCUGUUGCCGUAAAUUUGGAGACCGUCUCGUAGACGAUCCCCGUCUUUUCUCUGAGUUACAUCGGUUUGAACGGGGACUGAGGUCUCUUUUUGCCCCGUUGUCCCCGUUUUCCCUCAGCGUCUGAGCCUUUUCUGUAAAUAUGGACUCUUAAAGGAAUCUGGCAUCAGACCUUUUCUUUAAGAAAUGAAGUUUUCACCAUACAGCAGACCCCCACCCCUCAGCCCCCUCCCCAUCUGUCCUGUAUCUGGCUGAACUUUAACCUCGAUGUGAAACACUGUUGUGUUUUUUUUUUGUUGUUGCGCUGAUUUAUGAUUUGACUCAUAUCCUAUGACCUCUGGGUGUGUUUUGUUUUUUCUUUGUGAAUGUCUUUGGGUUUAACGUUUGUCUGUUGUGCCUGUACUCUGACUGAAACGUGUCUUUUUUUUCCCUUUUGAAUUGCAGACCAAAUGUUAAAAGUACCCCACCAGAGAAAAGGGAGCAGUACUUGUAGUUUGGGAGUCUUCUGGCCUUACCGCGGUUUAGAUUCUGUCUAAAAGAGACAAAAAAAAAAA